CAUCACUCUGAUGACAGCAAAGGAACAAGGACGUGGGUUGAUCUAGUGACAGACACAGCCAUGGCUAUGAGGGGACCCCGCCCCUUGCUUCUGCUGCCCCUUGUCCUGCUGAUAGCCUGCCUGGCCCUGGCCAUUGGGCAGUCAUGUGUCACGCAGAACAGACUGUUCAUUAAGCACCAUGUGAACAAUCCACGGACCCCAGCCCCCAAUCCCAGAGCCUACUGCAGCAUGAUGAUGAGGAGACGGGGAAUCUAUGGGAAGCUGAUCAACACCUUCAUCCACGCGUCCAUCCCGUCCAUCAACAAUGUCUGCUUUGGGGGUGGGACACCCUUCCCGAGUGGUCUGCGCUGGAGCAACCGUUCCUUUGCCAUCACCGCCUGCAGAUACAACUCGUUGACCCGCUCCUAUACCGGGACAUACCUUUCCUCGAGAAUUGUCAUCCGCUGCUGCCAGGGGCGCCCCGUGUACUAUGAGGAGCGGAUUUUGCUUCCACCCAGGAUAUAGAGGGCAGCCACAGGACCCUGCUAUUUCCCCUAAGCCCGGUCUGUCACUUACACACCGGUCACGGCACCCGGCUCCUCACCAGCCUGUGAACACUGAUCAGAUUGUUUAGGCGUUUCCAUUCCUCAGCCUAGUGUAUACAAUAUAACCUCACCCCUGAUCCUC